AUGUAUAAGUGGAAGAGUUUAUUGUAUGCCUUGCUAAUAGCAGGCACCCUAAUCGCCACUUGUCCACCUGCAACACAGGCGACAUACGAAGUGAAUUUGCUGCGCUUACGAAGUGAACCGAUUACGCUUUGGCGUCAAUCGCAAAAUACUUUCAUACAAUGGGUGCUUUCGCUUUUGCCCAAUCGUCCCGCCAUACUGGGAGGUCCCGGCGUCACAACAGCGUCGCCCGAUGGCGUAACUAGCACCACAGAGUUGCCACUAAAGCCUCAACCAGCUACCGCUACGCCUGCUACAACUACCAACACUACCCCAGAGCCCACUACGCCCGCGCAACCCAGCUCUACGGCGGCACCGACCACUAGCACCACCACGAUAGCGCCCAGCACCACAACCGCUGCUCCACCGGUCGUGCUUAAUCCACCGCGCAAUUGUACGGAAUGCGUCUGCGGCAUCGCCAACACACAAAAACGUAUAGUAGGCGGCCAAGAGACCGAAGUUCACCAGUAUCCUUGGAUGGCUAUGCUGCUCUACGGCGGUCGUUUCUAUUGCGCUGCUUCGCUCAUCAACGAUCAGUUCCUUUUAACGGCUUCCCAUUGCGUUUAUGGUUUUCGCAAGGAACGUAUCAGUGUGCGUCUACUGGAGCAUGAUCGUAAAAUGUCCAACUUUUUGAAAAUUGAUCGUAAUGUUGCAAAUAUUACCACGCAUCCAAAGUACAGUGCGCGCACAUAUGAUAAUGACAUCGCCAUCAUACAGUUGGAUAAGCCGGUGGAGAUGACAGAACUUCUGCACCCAGUUUGUAUGCCGACUCCGGGCAAGUCCUUCAAGGGUGAAACGGCUAUUGUGACUGGCUGGGGUGCCAUUAAAGUGGGUGGACCAACAGCAGAUACGUUGCAGGAAGUUCAGGUGCCCGUCAUGUCGCAAGAGGACUGCCGCAAAUCGCGCUACGGACCAACACGCAUCACGGACAACAUGCUCUGCGCUGGCUUUGAUGAAGGCAAAAAAGAUUCCUGCCAAGGUGACAGUGGCGGACCACUACAUGUUGUAGCGCCAGGUACCAGAGAACAUCAAAUUGCUGGCGUAGUCUCUUGGGGUGAGGGCUGCGCCAAGGCGGGUUUCCCGGGAGUUUAUGCGCGCGUCAAUCGCUAUGGCACUUGGAUUAAGACCGUCACUAGAAAUGCUUGCCUUUGCCACUCGGAGACGAAGAAGAUAAAGAAGUUUUAAGGGGAAGGAAGGCGCUUGCCAACUGGACGCGAAUAAGAUACAGGAAUUUCAAUGAAGAAGAGGGAAAUUAAUUAGAAUGUGUAUGUAGCAUAGCCAGGGUAAUUUGUGGGGGGAUGAGUAGACAAAAACUCGUAUGUUGGUCAAUUGAGUUGUAGUU